AUGAUGAACCACAUCUUUGCCAACAUGCUCGAUGUGUGGGUCAUUGUCUACCUUGAUGACAUUCUGAUCUUCACCGGGGAGGGUGUGGACCACGCCGCAGUUGUGCGCCGAGUAUUAGAAAAGCUCCGAGAGUACCGACUUUUCUGUAAAGCGUCAAAAUGCAAGUUUGACGUUACGGAAGUGGAGUAUUUGGGUUACCUCGUGUCGACGCAGGGAGUGCGCAUGGAUCCCGGCAAGGUGGACGUCGUCAUGAAGUGGCUGGCGCCCACGACGGUGCACGAGAUCCAGGUCUUUUUAGGUUUUGCGAACUACUACCGGCGCUUCAUCACCGGUUACUCCAAGAUCGUAGCUCCAAUCACCGAGUUGCUGAAGGGCAAAGCCGUUGGAAAGGUUGCGUGGUCGGCAGACCAACAGUCGGCGUUUGACGAGUUAAAGUGGCGGUUCCGACAGGGCCCGAUCCUCCAGCACUUUGAACCAAAGCAUCCGAUCCUGUUGGAAACAGACGCUAGCGACCAAGCUAUCGCUGCUGCUAUGAGCCAACCAACCGCCCCAAAUUGGGCGGUGAUCGGCAACUUGCCCAGUACGCUGCUCGACAUGCCGGAGGGGAAGCCACGUUGGCACCCAGUCGCUUUCUGCUCAAGAAAGCUGGACUCGGCGGAGCGCAACUAUAAUAUCCACAACAAAGAGCUCCUGGCUAUCGUAGAUGCGUUCCGCCAGUGGCAACAGUAUUGCAAGGGAGCGAAGCAUAAGGUCACAGUGCUCACCGACCAUUGCGGGUUAGAAUACUUUGCCACUAAGAGGUAUCUGAACCAAUGUCAAGUGCGCUGGCAAACGGAGUUGGCCGACAUCGACUUUGUCAUCAAGUAUCGCUCCGGUUUGCAGUGCAAAGUGGACGGACUCACCCGUCGCCCAGAUAUGCAUGCCGGUGCCAACGCUCACAACCCCGACAACGAACAAACCCUGUUGGGUCCUGAACGGUGGGCCGACAAGGAUGAAGUUACUUUGCGAGCGCUCGUGGCCGAUCACGGCGGAUACAAUAGACUGCGUGACGCGGUGUGA